CUUUGAUUGCUGCCACAAGAGCGGGUAUUUAAUUUAGUCGUUCUGGGUGAUGACGGACAGCAGACUAAGAAACCUAACGAUCAAUACCAAUGUGGUUAAGCGCAUCAUGAAAGAUAAGACCAAGUAUGAGGAAGAGAUUGUUAAGCAAACUAAAAUUGUAGAAAAUAAAGUUGCUGCACAAGCUGAUGUAUAUGAAAUAAAAAUGGCGAAAGCAGUUUUAGAAGAAAAUGAGAGGAUGAUUCCUGAUUGCGUAGUACGAUUGAAAAAUGCUAUCAAAAAGCUUGAGAGCUGCGCUGAAGAGUGUGAAGAGGAAUUUAGCGAAACAGAAGAAUACCAAAAAGCAAAGGCAUUACUCCAAGAAUGCUCAGAAAUUUGUGCUUGUAAAUGACUUAGUGAAUUAUUGAUGUCCAAUAUCAUAUCCAUUCCAAUUUAUUCAUAGCGUGUUACGUUGUUAUAACCACAGUUGAGUAUUAAUUUUUUCAGAAUUAAGUUUCCUAGGCAGAAAAACUGGUAUAGUUCUAGCAAAGAAUGCUUUUC